AUGUCGAAACCUACCGUUCUCCUGAUCGGAGGAUUGGCACACAUAAAUAAAGAGUGGGAAGGCUUGGGCUCGAAAUACAAUCUGAAAGAGUUCCGAAAGGGCACCCGCGAGCAAUUCCUCUCCAACUGCAGGGCCGGCCAGUACGACGACGUAGUGGCUCUCUAUCGGUCCAACCAGUCCACAUCAGAAACAGGUCUCUUUGAUCAAGAGCUGGUCUCUGUCCUGCCCCGGUCUCUGCGAUACAUCUGCCACAACGGGGCCGGAUAUGACAAUAUUGAUGUGGACGCUUGCACCCGAAGGGGACUUCGGAUAUCCAGCACCCCGAUUGCCGUUGAUGACGCCACGGCUGAUGUCGGCAUCUUCCUGAUGCUGGGCGCGCUGAGACUGGCAUGGGUGCCUUUGGUGGCGAUCAGAGAAGGCCAAUGGCGGGGGAAGGCCCAACUCGGACACGAUCCAAAGGGCAAAGUGCUCGGUAUCUUGGGAAUGGGCGGCAUUGGUAGAGCAAUGGCUCACCGAGCACGAGCAUUUGGAAUGAGGAUUGCCUACCACAACCGAACGCGCCUGCCGAAAGAACUCGAGGGCGAUGCGACAUACCUCAGCUUCGACCAAUUACUCGCGCAGUCCGACGUUCUCAGCCUCAAUCUCUCUCUCAACACCAAGACGCGACAUAUAAUAUCUGCGCCCGAAUUCGCAAAAAUGAAGGACGGAGUGGUCAUAGUCAACACGGCUCGAGGAGCCCUGAUCAACGAGAAAGACCUGGUGGCAGCGCUCGAGAGCGGCAAGGUGUUUUCAGCGGGGUUAGACGUGUUCGAAGAGGAGCCCAAGGUGGAGGAAGGGUUGCUGAAGAAUGAGAGCGUCUUUAUCGUGCCACAUAUUGGCACCAGUACCUACGAGACACAGCGGGAGAUGGAGUUGUUGGUGUUGCAGAACCUGCAGAACGCGGUGGAUCAAGGGUCUCUGUUGACACCCAUUGCGGAGCAGAAAGGAAAGCUGAACGAGCAUUUAUGA